UUCUUAGGGCACCUUUAAUUACCCGAAAGACCUCAAGUGCACAUUUGAAGCAUUUCAGAAAAUUCUCAUGGAACUGGUUUCAGCCAAGCUGUCACCAAAAGUCCAAACACUUAAGAUUAAGAUGCUUCAGUAACACAUAUACUCCCCAAGUAGGGUUUGACUUAAAGUCUGGGGGGGAAAUCAACAUGUUUUCUGUGUAUCUGCUGAGUGCCAGGUGAACAUGGAGUUGGCAUGGAGAAGUGGAUUGAAACCACAUCAAUGCAUACACCUUUAAUAUUAACUUACUGCACAUCCUAUGUCUCCUCACCUGUACUUAGUGAGGAAAAAUUUAAUGAGAUGGAGAACAGCCAGUGGUUUGGUGAGGAUAAAAGAAGGUCUGCCUCAAUCCGCAAAAUCUUGCGAAUGCCAACCAUAUACCUCUACAUGUCUGUUUUUGAGCAGACUGUUUCAUAUUAGUCAAUUAGGAAGAGUCAUGGUGUCAUAUGACACAAAAAGAAUGUGUUACUGCUAGGGAUGUAACGAUGCACUCCGAGUCGGUUGAAAAUCGAUAAUAAUAUGUGACGAUUCGUGUCGGUUGAGAUGUUAAACGAAUCGCGAUACACGUUUUAAACAGCAGGGGGCGCUGAAGCAGUAGCCUAUAUUUUGACCUCGCUUUGCAGGCGCGAUAGCAGCGAACAAGCUGUAACUUUAAACAGUAGCAAAAAUGGCGGCGGCAAGUGUAGAUGACGUUGAUGUUGAGGAUGCACCAACCUCAUUCAAAUCGGAUGUGUGGCGGCAUUUUGGCUUUCCGAAGAUUAAAAAUGAAAGCGGUGAGGUGGUAACGGACAAAACAAAAACUGUGUGCAGAUACUGCAAGAAGAUGUUAAUAUACACCAAUAACACAACAAACAUGACGCAGCAUACAAACCGUCACCACCGUGAGAAGCUCCUGUCACCGCCGUCUGCACGUAAAAACCUGUUAGUGGGCCAAACCACACUGACCGGCGGAUUUGCAGCCCCACUCGCGGCGACGAGUGCGAGAGCCAAGGAGAUCACAAGGUGUAUCGGCGUUUUCAUGGCAAAAGAUAUGAGGCCGUUUUCUGUCGUAGAAAAUGAAGGAUUUAGGCUACUCGUCAACAAAUUGGAGCCCAAAUACACCAUCCCAUCACGCCCCCACUUUAGCCAGACUGUCAUGCCAGCGCUUUACAGGGAAACAAAAUCUAAGGUAACUGAGACCCUCAGAAAAGCAUAUAGUGUAUCAAUUACAACCGACGGCUGGACCUCCAGGGCUACCCAGAGUUAUCUUACGGUCACAGCCCAUGUGAUAACCAGUGAGUGGGAGAUGGUUAAUUUUGUUCUCCAAACUCGCCCAUUGUUCGAAACACACACCGGAGCUAAUAUUGCUGAAGUUUUAAAAUCAGCUGUGAGUGAAUGGGGGCUUCAAAAGGCCAACCAUGGAAUUGCUGUGGUCACGGACAACGCGAGGAAUAUGGAUGUUGCUGUCAGAGAGGCUGGGCUGGCCCCCCAUGUCAGGUGUUUUGCCCACACUUUGAACUUAGCCAGCCAAGCGGGUUUGAGUGUGUCCCGCGUGAGCCGUUUGUUGGGCAGAGUGAGGCGUAUUGCUGCCUUUUUUCACCGAAGCUCCACAGCCACAGCUGCGCUCGCAGCCAAACAGAUACUGCUGGAGCUUCCACCGCAUAAGCUAAUCAUCGAUGUCGCUACGCGCUGGAACAGCAGUCUGGAUAUGAUCGAACGCUAUCUCGAACAGCAAGCGGCUGUGACAGCAACUCUACUGAGCAACGACGUUCGACGAAAUGUCCGUGACAUCGACACUUUGGAUGGCUCAGACAUCCGUGAUGCGGAGGACAUAGUGAAGCUUCUAAAGCCACUCAAAACGGCCACCACUGUGCUGUGUGACGAAAAAAACCCCCACUGUGUCUCUCAUUGUGCCCUUAAAGCAUAUGAUCAAGCAUAACAUGGCAUCCAACGAAGAAGAUUCCCCCACUGUGAGCAACAUAAAGAGAGCUAUACUGAACAACCUUUACAACAGAUACACUUCAGAGUACAACCACCUGCUGGAGUGCACCGCAUUAGACCCCAGAUUCCGGGCUCUGCCUCAUCUAGAGACAGACCAACGCGAUGAUGUAUUCCACAGACUGAAGGAGAAAGCUGUACUGAUGUUGCAGAACCAGGAUGAGAGCAAAGAAGGUGCCAGUGGUCACCCCCCUGCAGCAGAGCAGCCUCUUGGCCAGACAGACAGAGCAGGAGCAGAGCUGAAACAACCUCCUUCCAAGAAAACAGCAUUGGAAGAUCUCCUUGGAGGGACUUUCGAUGAACCAGUUGCACAGCACAUCAGUCAGAUUGAUGCAGAAAUGAAUAAGUACAGAGCUGAAACAUCCAUUUCCCUCAAUAGCUGUCCACUCAAGUGGUGGAAAGAGAAUGCUAGGCUAUACCCACUGCUAUCCAGUAUAGCAAAAGCAUAUCUCUCCACACCAGCCACCUCUGUCCCUAGUGAAAGGGUUUUUUCAUCAGCAGGGACAUUGUGAAUGUGCAGAGAUCUCAGCUUUGCCCAGAAAAUGUGGAUAUGCUGAUAUUUCUUAAAAAAAACAUGUAAAAAAAAAAAAAGAUUCUAAGCUAGGAAAGAGCACUGGCAAAGCCUGAGUUUGUUUAUAAUGAAAAGAUUUAUUUUAUUUGUAUUAUUUAUUUUA